AUGGCCCAGCUCGCGCCAUCGCCCACACUCGAGCUUUCCGCGGCGGACGCUCGAGGCCCAGGCCUCGAGUGUCAGCAGUGCUUUGGGAGCUUUUACGACGAGUUUGGCGUGGAGCCGUGGCUGUGGCGCCGGGCGUUGCGUGAGGGCUGGUCGGAGCUGGGGGGCUGGUCGAGAGAGGAGAUGGAGGCGGCGGAGAAGGAGAUCUGGCGCGGCGAGAGUUCUGAGAUCUCUCAGCUAGGCGAGUGGGUCUGCGAUGCUUGCCUGGAGGGCUAUUUGGGGGGGGGCUUCGGCGACUACUCGGAGCUGCGCAGCGGCUACGAUGAGGAGCCUGAGCCAGGGGAGGGUUGGGAAGGGGGGGCGAGGCCGGAGGAGUAUGACGGCCUCUUCGACGGCCCAUAA